UUGAACUCAUAGACUAUGUUUUAAUCAAAUCAAAAAAAAUAUUUUCCAGAACAAGAACAUAAUAGAACAUUAUCGAAUCCUGUUGCAACGAAAUUAAAUUUGCGCAGCUUAACAUCUACAUCCCGGGCCAGAUCGGCAGCAGUAUCUUUGUAUUAACCGGUAAACUUUAUAUUUCGUAAUCUGGUGAAAACCCAAAUUGCAUCAUGCUGUCUCGAGUGUGCGUUCUUCGUUCGACAUUAAACGUACAACAAACAUUAAAAACUCCGUUAGCAGCAAAGUUUGUUCCAAAGAAUUAUGUCAUAAGGAAUUACGCACGUGAAACCCGUUCCCGUGUUAGCACUAGAUCACAGCCAACCCUAUGGGAAAGAUUAAUGGCACCAGCUGGACCUAAUGCAUUCAGCUUAGGCAAAGGUGCAUUGGCGGGUGCCUCCGCUGUGGGUAUUGUUGCUCUCUGUUACUAUGGAUCUGGAGUAAAACCUGGCACAUUGCAGGAGUCACAUCUCUGGCCGCAAUAUGUAAAGGAUCGCAUCAAGACAACUUAUGGUUAUAUUGCUGGCUCUCUGGUUUUGACUGCUGGAAGUGCUGUCACAGUGUUUAGAACACCCGCAUUGCUUAAUUUAGUUGCACGCAAUGGAUGGAUGUCUAUCAUAAUCACACUUGGUCUUAUGAUUGGGUCCGGAAUGGUUGUGCGUGGAAUGGAGUACAGGCCAGGGUUUGGACCUAAACAGCUAGCCUGGAUUGUGCACACUGGUAUUAUGGGUGCUGUUAUUGCACCAAUGUGCUUCCUUGGCGGCCCCAUACUGACCCGUGCCGCUAUGUACACUGCGGGAGUGGUGGGUGGUCUGAGCACGAUAGCGGUGUGCGCGCCUUCCGGGGAGUUCCUGAACAUGCGCGCGCCGCUGGCGAUGGGGCUGGGCGCCGUGUUCGCCGCCUCGCUCGCCAGCAUGUUCCUGCCGCCUACCACUGCACUCGGAGCAGGGUUGUAUUCUCUCAGCCUGUACGGUGGGCUGGUAGUGUUCAGCGGGUUCCUGCUCUACGACACGCAGGUUAUUAUCAAGCGCGCGGAAACUCAUCCCAUGUAUGGAUUCCAGCCUUAUGACCCAAUAAACUCGGCCAUUUCGGUGUACCUGGACAUUCUCAACAUCUUCAUGCGCAUCGCCAUGAUCCUCUCCGGCUCCGGCGGCAACAGGAGGAAGUAACACUGACAAUAAUAAAAUAUUCCCCCACAUAAAUUAUUCACAUAUGUUCGAUAAUUUUAGUUGCGUUAUUGUUUACAGCAUUGUAAAACAACAAAAUUUCAAUAACUUAUUUAGAGUUAAAAUCGCGAAUGUGAUAUAAUGUAAUAUAUAAGAUAGAUUCGAUGUUAAGUUUGAUUAAGUUUUAGUUGGUCGAGGCAUGAUCUAUUAAAUUAACAGUUUUGUGGAAAUACAUCAUCCCAAAUGA